CCACCGUCUUGGGCCGCGGCCGCCCUUGACCUGAGGUUGCUUUUGCCGGGGAGUGGACGCGGUGCCGGGUUUGACGUGGGGUGAGGACCAUGGCCAGCCCGGAGGACGACCUCAUUGGCAUCCCCUUCCCCGAGCACAGCAGCGAGCUUCUGAGCUGCCUGAAUGAGCAGCGGCAGCUGGGGCUGCUCUGCGAUGUCACCAUCAAGACGCAAGGGCUGGAGUAUCGCACCCACCGCGCCGUCCUGGCCGCCUCCAGCCGCUACUUCAAGAAGCUUUUUGCCGGGCCUGGUCCGGGCCAGGAGGUCUGUGAGCUGGACUUUGUCGGGCCGGAGGCUUUGGGGGCUUUGCUGGAAUUUGCCUACACGGCCACUUUGACCAUCAGCAGCGCCAACAUGGGCGAGGUGCUGCGGGCGGCCAGGCUGCUGGAGAUCCCCUGCGUCAUCGCCGCCUGCGUCGAGAUCCUGCAGGGCAGCGGCAUGGAGGCGCCCGGCCCCGACGACGGCGACUGCGAACGCGCCCGCCGCUACCUGGAGGCUUUCGCCACCCUCCCCGAGGGCGAAGCCCCUGCCCCGCCGCCCCCGCGACCCGCUGCCCGCCGCAGCAAGAAAACCCGCAAGUUCCUGCAAGCCCGCGGUGCCCGGCUCAACAACCACGCCGAGGAGUCCCCUGCCCCGGCCGAGGGCUGCGACAGCCCCCCGCCGCCCCCCCUGCCGCCCUCGCCCCCCCUGCCCGAGGGGCUGCCCCUGCCCUACGACAGCUUCGAGCUGCCCGAGGAGGAGGAGCUGCCCCCGCACCCCUUCCCCUUCCCCUACCAGCCCCCCCUGUCCCCUGAGGAGGGCGACGAGGACGAGGACGCCAUCGACCCCGACCUGAUGGCGUACCUGAGCUCGCUGCACCACGAGUCGCUGGCGCCGGGGCUGGAUUCGCCCGACAAGCUGGUGCGGAAACGCCGCUCGCAGAUGCCCCAGGAGUGCCCCGUCUGCCACAAGGUCAUCCAUGGCGCCGGCAAACUGCCCCGCCACAUGCGCACCCACACCGGCGAGAAGCCCUUCGCCUGCCAGGUCUGCGGGGUCCGCUUCACACGGAACGACAAGCUGAAGAUCCACAUGCGGAAACACACGGGUGAGCGGCCCUACUCCUGCCCGCACUGCAGCGCCCGCUUCCUGCACAGCUACGACCUGAAGAACCACCUGCACCUGCACACGGGUGCCCGCCCCUAUGAGUGCUACCUCUGCCACAAGGCCUUUGCCAAGGACGACCACCUCCAGCGGCACCUCAAGGGCCAGAACUGCCUGGAGGUGCGAACCCGACGCCGACGCCGCGACGAAGCCCCCGCGCCGCCCCCCGCCGCCCCCAGCCUUGACCUCUCCAACGGGCGCCUGGAGGGGCUGCGCCUCUCCCUCGCCCGCUUUUGGGGGCCAGGGCAGCCCGAGGAAGAGGAAGAAGAGCCCGAGGGGGAGGAAGUGUCACAACCAGACGUCGUGGUGAAGAUGGAGACCGUGAAGGUGGAGACGGCGUAGGGGUUGCCGCCAUGGCGGGGCCGGUCCCGGCCUGGGGGGUGGGUCUGGUCCCGUUCUGACCCUGUCACGGUUCGUUCCCAGUUAUGCAAAGGGGGAAACACCCCCCUGGCCGAUUUGCACAAUGGGGUGGAGGGGGUCCCCACCACCCCCCACCGUGCCCGGACCCCCUUGAUGCAUCUUGGCCCCCUUGAUGUGUCUGGGCCAUUCCCCACAUCCCCCCCCCUGUGCCUGGACCCCCUCAAUGCAUCAGGACCCCCAUGACAUGUCUGGGCACCCCCCACCAUGCCCGGAUCCCCCCUGGAAUAUCCAGGCAGUGGAGUCCCAGCAGGGGGGGGCAGGGGGAAGCAGGACCGGGGUGUCCCCCCUCGAAACCCCCUGUGGAUGCCCCCCCCUCCAAAGGGGUUGGGGCCAGGCGAGGGUGCCCACGGACCGAGCCCCUCCGGCAAUCGAGAGCUCCCUGGUUGCCGGGGGGGGGGAUGUCCGCCACCCCGUGCUGUACAUAGCUUGUCCCCCCCCCUCCCCGCCCCGAGC